AUGUCGAAGGUAUGUACACAGACACCAGCUGGAAUGUGGUGAACACAGAAAGGUGACGGCAUUCCCUCAGCCCACUCAGCUCAGCCUUCCCUGUUGAUCACUUUCUUCUAGCCUACUGCUGCUGCCUAGCUCUACCUGUUCUGGUAUGUCAGAGAUGGCGCAUCCUCACUUGUGCCCAGUCAUGGGGAUGUCGUUCUCCCCGGAGCCUCAGUUCUGUUCUUGUCCUGAUACCAAUGUUUUGUUGCACUUCAAUUCUGGUCCCAAACCCUCGGCUCGAGCUUUCCUUGAGGACACUGCCAUUUCAGCAGCAAGCACUGAUAGUUGGUGCGAGAACCGUGGAGGGUGCUCCGACUCAUGGGCUCAGGGGGUCACCACGUUCUGUCAGUCUCCAUCCUGGUCGCCGUCUACAGCAGAGCCAAGGGACCGUAGCUUGCCCCAGCGGCCAAGUGGCAUGGACCAAUUGCGGCGUUGCUUUUGAUGCCACCAAGCAAGUGUGCAUCAACGGCCGCAUCUGUCUCAUUGGUCAGGAGCUCUGCAGCAAUGCGUGCUUCUACCCCACGAAGUCGAGCUGCAUUGCUGCUUCACUCGAAAGGGACCACCCAGGCGCUAAUGACGGCAGCGAGACUCGCAACUGCACGACAGCUGUCAGCACGAGUUCAGCUGUCAGCGCAAGUACAGCUGUCAAUGCCAAUCCUGUAACCUUGGGUGCUGCUACCCCUGCAUCGCCCACUUACUUUGCCGGUGCAAGUGACAGACACGAGGAUGGCAACGUGGCAGCUGUUGUUGGGGGGAUUGUUGGUGGGGUCACUCUACUAGGGGCGAUAACAAUCAUUGUCAUCAUAUUUUCCCGACGGCGGAGGAGUGAGGCUAAAGCGACAGAGUUCAAAAAGAUGAUAAAGGAAACAGCCGUAGCUGAGGCAGCCAAUGGACAAGAGCCGCGUGGUUAAAUCUGGAUUGCAAGAUAUGUGAGCGAGCCUGAGUAUCUGCUGAAAGCAACUCAAGAGAAAUCGAAGGAGGUCUCGAGAAUCAAAGGCUUGGUGACUUACAUAAGGUGCCUAAAGGGUAAGAAGUUGAGCUCUUCAGAUGCUGUAUCCUUGUCCAAGCGCUUUUCGACCCAGACUGCUGCGGACAAGGGUCUCUUGUCGAGCUGGAAGGCCUGUUACAAAUUUUCGAGCCACUCUAGUAUCAUUAUUGCAUGGUGAACAUGUAUAGCAUUUGCUUUUUUAACGAAG